AUGCUUCAAGAUAGAGCUAGAAGAAAAAAUAAUCGUGUUGGUAAAAUAGUUAUUCCACCUUCUACGUUAGUUGGCGGUGAGAGAAACCUGCAGCGCAGGUAUAGAGGUUUGCCGCAUGCUCACAUUUUCUUGAACCUUAUAUUCGAAGACCAAUUAAAUACUGAAGCCAGCAUCGACCCUGCUGUAUGCGCCGACUUACCAGAUGCAGAUGGGGAGCCCCGUUUGUAUGACAUCAUAUUACAUCAUAUGAUCCAUAAACCUUGCGGCCGUCGAGAUCCCACUGCCUCGGGUAUGAUGCAUGGGCAUUGCAAGAAAUUUUACCCGAAAGAAUUUCGGACGACAACAAACAUACGGGGCAACCAGAAUCGUCUCGGACAACCCGAGUAUAAGCGGCCCGAUGAUGGAUGGGUAUCAGUUAUGGGUGGACAUCUAAUCGAUAAUAGCGAUGUCAUUCCAUACAACAAAUUAUUGUCGAUCAAAUACGAUUGCCAUUUGAACGUCGAACUGUGUGGAAGUUUGAAGUCGAUAAGCCACUUAGCAACGGAUACUGCAGAGAAGGUCUUGGAGUCGCACUACAUAGCCAUAUCAUUGUCUGGAAGUGCACACGAAGGUAGUGUUGCUUCAGACUGUCUGAAGUGGGAGGCAGUUUAUGGAUAG